AUGAAAGCUAGGUACGGAUGGCUUGGGGCCGCAGGACCGUGGGAUGAGACCAUCUUCUCACAAUCCAAUAGUCAAAAGGUCACGACAACCCUUAACGUAGCAGUCGUCAGGACCUCGUCGAAAUCAAGCCUCGCCCUAAGGGGACUGGAAUUCAACCAUUUAAUCCACCAAGACACCAAGCAGCACUCGACCGUCCCCUAUACCACCCGCGAACCUCCUCCGAAUUGUGCUCCUAGUCGCCCAAUGGGCGAAUCGGUAAACACUAACUCUGCGCCAGGAAGAUAUUUGAUCACACCUGGAUUAAAUGGUAGCGUGCACCGGAAAAUGGGUGUGCAUUCAGAGACGUUUACGGGACAAGCCAACAUAUCCUUCAGGAUGCUGACUCGAGUUGUCGGUACUGCACAAUCUCAAGUUUGGCUGGGCUUUACCAAUUCUCUUCUUUCAACCCCAUCUGCCCUCGUCCGUCAGACAAGAACAUUUGCGUGUCUCUGCUCCUCCAUUUUGCCUGGUACCACGUUACGAAGGCGUCCGCUAUGCUGUAUGCCACCUACAACCUCGUCUGUGUACAGGCGUGUCGCGGGCUUUGCCUUCUAG